GUUGCUUUUGCUUUCAUAAUUUGUUGAUAUUAACAAAUGUUAUCCUAAUGUUUUUGGAAAAGUUUUCAAAAUUUGCGGUAAUCGCAGCAUGAAAUCAGGCCGUCGCGGACACAAUUGUGGACCCAUCACCUGUUGUCCGGCGAAAAUAGGUUUCUGUUUGCCUUUGAUGCCGCCAACACACGAUGAAUUAAGUUGGAUCAAUGUGAAUAUCAAGACACCCCAUCGUCGAUGCUGUCCAUGCAGCACUGUUUGGACGAAUGAGUUUCGCUUUUGGUGUAGACGCAAUUCCAACAUGAUUAUCAACCUAUCCGAUAAGUUGGGCAAAUCUGCCGAAGACGUUGCAGUUUUUCUAUACGAAUUAACGCUGCAAAACUAUAGCCAGAUAAUGAAUCCAAAGAAGUCGGGUUGGAAUCAAUGCAAUCGGGUACCCUUUACCCAGCCGUUUGUGUGUGAUGGUUUUUUGAGUACAUUCGACGAAAGGGGCAACUUGAGGAAUCCCAUGAAUCCGAGAAGUCUGAAAAGAUUGCUGCGCAUAUUUCAGAGCUUAACGACGGAUGAACCAAAUGACAUUACGCAUGGUAGUAUUGGUAAAAUUGGUAGUGCCUUUAAAAAAGAAGAACAGACUAGCGUAUUUGGCUAUGACGAGGAUCAGCGUAGCAUCAGUGACAACAAAGUCAGAGAUAAAUUUACACUGCCUUCGCCACUAGAAGAUGAUGAACUCAACCAAUUAACUAACCAAUUUAAGCCAUUUAAUCGUCGAAGGGCUAGUGCAAUAGGUGCAAUGGAAAACUUUCAAGACUCAAUGAUAAGACUCAUGGAUGAGAAGGGUCGCCGUCGUGGCAAGGGUAGCAAUGCCUUUCAAUUGGGAGCACUGCGUGGGAAAAGUGCACAAUUCUUGCGUUUUCUCAUUUCCCGAGUGAAUGAACAGCAAAGUCUAACCGAAGAGCCCAACGAUGUGAUUAAAGCUAUAGAUGAAUUACAUCUACACCAAUCCGCAAACCGAAGAAAGAGAGGCAAGCAUAGAAAUAAACGUGACGUAGAUAACAUAGCUGAUCACUAUAAUGCUGUCGUUUCCAAAGAAAUUGGCAAAGAUCGCUAUGGGCUUCGUUUAAAGCCUUCGCCACAAACCAAUACUUUCGGACAAUCCGCUAAUGAAUUGAAAGCUUUGCAAACUGGCAAGGAGCGACGAUAUUUUGCCGAACAGAUCCCGGUACUGUAUCACGAACCGUAUGAUGGGAAUAAUAUAUCGAGCUGGAUGCGACGUCAUCCCAAUCAGUUGCGUCUACUUGCCGAUGGUAGAAUAACCACAGGCGGCUUGAUUCGGCGUUAUAGACGGGAGUCAGUGCAACGUGCCUGGGAGAAGGCUGAUCGACGUUACUCGUUGCAUUCAUUAGUUAGCCUCGGGAGGAAUUCAGUAAAAGAGCAGCCAAUGUUUGGUCGUAUGAGUCUUACGGUCAGUCCCGAAAUGCAAAGAAUAUUUCCCACAACCGACAGUGGAAAGAAAUUACAAUCGAAAACGAUUAAAACAUCAUCGUCUAGGAAGUAG